CAGGACAAUAGUUCCCAUACGUGCGCCUGAACCACCUCGUAGACUGCUAGGAGGGACACCCGUGCUCGGUAGUGCAGAACUCGCGAAUGAGUCCUGCCUCAUUGCUUUCUUCCCCUUUUGCGCGAUCCCCGUCAAACUCGGUACAUGCCCCAACCUCGAUCCUCCAUCCUUCCCAUGAUGUCCAUGUCCGUCCUUCCCUUGCCCGUGUCCAUGCCCCAAGAGGUUAAGAUGCGUAUGAGAACGCGUAGGCGCAAUCGACUCCAUACUCGGCACCCGAUCCAACCCCACCAUCGAACCCCCUGCAAUAUUCCCAUGCGCAUCGAGUGGAACAUGUCCCGCACCUCCACUCCCCGCCUGCAAAGAAGAACUCCCAACGCCAUGUUCUCUGACCUUCCUCUUCAACUUCCCGAAGAAUCCUUUGUGUUUCCGAUCGGACGAAUGCGCACUACUCGGGCGGCUCUCUACCGCGGCUUCCCUGAUGGGGGCUUUCCCGCUUCGUCGGAAGUCCUCGAAAUCCUGGUAUAAGAAUGGGACGACGUCGGCGGAGGGGUUAUGGUCUGGUUUGAGGACGGGAGGGGCGUAUGAGAGGGGACGGUUAUUCGGCGCAGAAGUCGCACCGGCGACGUUGGUGGAGGAGCGCAUCGAGGGUGUUCGGGCACCGAGGAGGCGGGAUUGUGUGUGUGCCAUAGAGAGGUUCGGAACGAUACUGCCUGCCCUACGUGGUGGUCCGCUGGGUAGGAUCACUCCUGGUGACGCUGGUGGAAACAAACCAGAUGUAGACAUCGUACUCCCGCACGGCGUCGUCGCAGUCCCAGGCGAGAUGGGAGCGUUGAAGUAAUCCAGCGGAGAUCCACCGGCUGCUCCACCAGUUGCUACGCCACUAGAUGAGUCUCGACGAGAAGUAGGCGCGGUGCUGAGUUCGGAUGAAGUCAUGAGACUCAUUGGAUCACCGAAAUCGUGGGUCGGUGUUGAUGGGACGGACAU